AUGGAGUUCGCGCCCUACUUGGCGCUGCUGUGCUUGGCGCUGCCUGCGGCGGUGCUGGGCCUCAAGUCUGAGGCGGCGCUGGCGGUGUCGCCGGCGCUGCUGCUGCUGGCACCGCUGCAGCAGCUGCGGCUGCGGCGCUGGGAUGCGCGGCUGCUGGGGGCGGUGGACAGGGCCGCCUUGGGCGAUGCCUGCGACCAGCUGAGGGCGCCCUUGGGCUGGGGGGACGAUGGUCAGGUCUUCUCCGCCAACCUCAACGCAGCCAUGCAGGCCCUGAGCCUUCCGCCGGGGGAGCUGCUCAUGCCGCCCGCGCGGGGCCGGGGACCAUUAGCCUGGAAACGCCACCUUCUGUGCGCCAGCUGCGCUUUGGCGCCGCUGGCGCUGUGGCUGCUGAGGGACCAGCUGCCCGCAGCUGCGGAGGUGCCGUUGCUGGUGUUCUGCUCCUUGGUGGUGCUGGUUGCGGCUUGCCGACCGGGCAAGGAGCUGGGGCGCGCAGAUCUGGUGGACCGGCGCCUGGAGGCUCUCGAAGCAGCUUUCAACGCCUUGCUGGACACGCUACGCCCGCUUCUGCCCAGCGCUCGGCCUUCCCGGAGCUGCCAGGUGGUGAAAGGCCCGCCCGGGCGCUUCUCCGUCAGGAUGAUCACGGGGGAGAGGUGGACCCUGCGCGGCAGCUUGACGAUUCUCCAGGAGCAGUGCGGCCUCCUGGUGAGUUGCCCCCUUGGGGCCUUUCAGCUGGCGGCCGACGGCCUCGAAGGGGCCAUGCAGCUGGAGCUGGGCCAACGCGCCGCGGGGGACGCGGACGGGGCCACCGUGUCGCCUGGGCCGCGGCAGGCGAAUGGCUGGGCCGCGAGUUUGGGCAUGCGCUUCGCACGGGAGCCGUCGGAGAGAGCUCGAAGGGACGACGAUCUUGCCAGCGUCUCCACCGCCAGCACACUGACCCGGGCCAAGAGCCAGGUGGACGAGGCCUCCCUGAACCUGGUGUUGAACAUGAUCUCGGCGCUGAACCGCCGCGCCGCGGAGCCCUUGGAGGUCUUCUUUGCGGAUCGGGGCGCCCCGCUGGCGCCUCCGAAGGUCUCCUAUGACGAGCCCGCCAUCGUGCUGGCUUUGGCGGAGGACCAAUUGAGCUGCUUCGGCUCUGACCGCGGUGCUCCCGCGCGCCGGCGCCGGCGUUGCUGCCUGCAGAAAGGAAGUGCGGCUGUCAAGGAGCGCCUCGGAGUGGUGCGGGACCCCUGCGAGAUGUGCCAACUUUGCACGGAGGAGGACAGGGCGCUGAUGUGCGGCGGCUCGGUGAAGGUGAACAUCGAGUCCCCCUGCAGCUUCGCUGCCUCACAGGGCAGCAACAGUGAGGCAGCUGCUCGGAGAUGA